CUCCUCCUCCUCCUCCUCCUCCUCGGUACACACAGUCCUGGACCACCGAACGCAAGGGAUUAGUCAGGACACAAAGCAUCAAGAUGGACACCUCCAAACUUCCGAAGAUCCGGGACGAGGAGCGAGAGAGCGAGUUUGGAUUCGUGCAUGGCGUUUCUGGACCAGUGGUGACAGCCACUGCGAUGGCGGGUGCAGCCAUGUACGAGCUGGUCCGUGUGGGUCACAGUGAGCUGGUGGGAGAAAUCAUUCGUCUGGAGGGAGACAUGGCGACGAUCCAGGUCUAUGAGGAGACUUCCGGUGUGUCUGUGGGUGACCCGGUCCUGCGAACAGGAAAACCCCUGUCUGUCGAGUUGGGACCGGGAAUCAUGGGCUCCAUCUUUGACGGUAUCCAGCGCCCACUGAAAGACAUCAAUGACCUCACUCAAAGCAUCUACAUCCCGAGAGGAGUAAACAUCAGCGCUCUCAACAGAGAUAUCAAGUGGGAAUUUUCCCCUGGCCAGAACCUUAGGGUUGGCAAUCACAUGACAGGCGGAGAUAUCUACGGCAUGGUUUAUGAAAAUUCCCUGAUUCGGCACAAGCUGAUGAUUCCACCUCGCAACAGAGGCACCGUCACCUACGUGGCUCCGCCAGGAAACUACGACAUUUCUGAUGUGGUCCUAGAGCUGGAAUUUGAAAGUGUGAAGGAGAAGUUCACUAUGGUGCAGGUGUGGCCAGUGCGACAAAUCCGCCCGGUGACGGAGAAACUACCGGCCAAUCAUCCGCUGCUGACUGGUCAGAGGGUUCUGGACGCUCUCUUCCCCUGCGUGCAGGGCGGCACCACUGCUAUACCUGGAGCCUUCGGAUGUGGCAAGACGGUGAUCUCUCAGUCCUUGUCCAAGUACUCCAACAGUGACGUCAUCGUCUAUGUCGGCUGCGGAGAGCGUGGAAACGAAAUGUCUGAAGUGCUGCGAGAUUUCCCUGAGCUUACUAUGGAAGUGGAUGGAAAGACUGAGAGCAUCAUGAAGAGAACAGCACUGGUUGCUAAUACGUCUAACAUGCCUGUGGCUGCCAGAGAGGCUUCUAUUUAUACAGGUAUCACACUAUCAGAGUACUUCCGAGAUAUGGGUUAUAACGUGAGCAUGAUGGCUGACUCCACGUCUCGAUGGGCUGAGGCUCUGAGAGAAAUCUCUGGAAGAUUGGCUGAGAUGCCCGCUGACAGCGGUUACCCUGCUUACCUGGGGGCCAGGCUCGCCUCCUUCUACGAGAGGGCUGGACGUGUGAAGUGUCUGGGGAAUCCAGAGAGAGAAGGCAGCGUCAGCAUCGUCGGAGCUGUGUCGCCCCCUGGUGGAGACUUCUCAGAUCCUGUCACUUCAGCCACAUUGGGAAUUGUUCAGGUUUUCUGGGGCUUGGACAAAAAGCUGGCCCAGAGAAAACACUUCCCCUCUGUAAACUGGCUGAUUAGCUACAGCAAGUACACACGAGCUCUGGAUGAAUACUACGACAAACAUUUCCCUGAGUUCGUCGCUCUCCGUACAAAAUCCAAAGAGAUUCUACAGGAGGAGGAGGACCUUGCUGAAAUCGUGCAGCUCGUGGGAAAGGCCUCCCUUGCUGAGAGUGACAAGAUCACUCUGGAAGUUGCUAAGCUCAUCAAAGACGACUUUCUGCAGCAGAAUGGUUAUACCCCCUACGACAGGUUCUGCCCCUUCUACAAAACUGUGGGCAUCCUCUCGAACACGAUCGCCUUCUACGACCUGGCGCGACACGCGGUGGAGACCACGGCACAGAGCGACAACAAAAUCACGUGGGCCAUGAUCAGGGAGCACAUGGGAGAGAUUCUUUACAGGAUCAGCUCCAUGAAGUUUAAGGACCCUGUGAAGGAUGGCGAAGCCAAAAUCAAAGCAGAGUACGCUCAGCUGCUGGAAGACAUGCAGAACGCCUUCCGGACGCUGGAGGAAUGAGUUUCUCACGUCUUCUCCCCUCUCCCACAUACUUAAACCCCAGUGCAGUGUAACAAAGUGCAGUUUCAACGGCCCGUGUUCUGAGUGUCUACAAACCUUUGUCUACCUUGGUGUUUACGUCCCCUUAAACAUUCCAUGAUCCGGACAAAUUCGUUUUGUUGAUCUUUGCUUCAUAAACACAGCACUGGAAUCCCCUCAGAGCCCAAACAAUAUUACAAUUGAAGAGCACUUAUCGAUCACUACUCCAUCUCGAGGUGGUUAAAAUCAGUGGGCCCCCAUCAGGCGCUGCACUUGCACUUAAUUACAAGCUGCAACAAAGAGUGGAAACGGCUGUUGUUCUUCCCCCAGAUUUAACGUGAUAAAAAGCUAUAUUUACGAAUGGAACCAUGCACACGGGUAAAGGGACGGAUGCACUGAGUGAUAUCGGGGCAUUAAAACCAUUCUUUCUUCUCUUACCUCCUUAGUGUGAUAUUGAUGUUGUGGAAUAUAUACUUGAUAUGAUGUAAAAAAUGUGAAUGGAUGAAUCUGUUAGAGUUGUGUUGUAACAGAUGUCUGACUAUUAUAUUCCUGGUACAUUGCUGUUGUGUGAAAUAAAUGUAAAGAAAUGAC